AUGGUAUCUUCAAGAAUAUAUAGAUUUAAUUCAUAGACAGAGGUUCGUUCAAACGCUGGCCGUCGUUAUCCGUUCAAAAGCUUAAUUUUUCUUCUCUCCCGCUUGACUGAAACCAAACGCAGUUUGACUGACUGAAGACACAGCGACUGACGGCUCCAAAAUGGGGUAUGGACGGUCGGACAGCUACCGCGUGGCGACCACGCAGGAAAAAGAUGAGAAUGAGUCUCCUAAACAGGGAAAGGGAGGGAAAGACCUGGAUGACCUAAAGAAGGAAGUUCCGCUGACAGAGCAUAAGAUGUCAAUUGAAGAAGUAUGCCGAAAAUACAGCACUGACAUUGUACAGGGUCUGACUAAUGCCAAGGCGGCGGAGUACCUCGCUCGGGACGGUCCCAACGCUCUCACCCCACCCCCCACCACCCCAGAGUGGGUCAAAUUCUGCCGACAGCUCUUCGGAGGAUUCUCCAUCCUGCUGUGGAUCGGAGCCAUCCUCUGCUUCCUGGCCUACGCCAUCCAGGCCGCCACGGAGGACGAGCCUGCCAAUGACAAUUUGUAUCUGGGAAUCGUGCUGUCUGCUGUGGUCAUCAUCACCGGCUGCUUCUCCUACUUCCAGGAGGCCAAGAGCUCGAAGAUCAUGGAGUCUUUCAAGAACAUGGUUCCCCAGCAAGCUUUAGUGAUCCGUGAAGGUGAGAAGCUCCAGAUUAACGCUGAGGAGGUGGUGGGUGGUGAUCUGGUGGAGGUGAAGGGAGGAGACAGGAUCCCUGCUGACCUCAGGAUCAUCUCUGCUCACGGCUGCAAGGUUGAUAACUCCUCCCUGACGGGCGAAUCAGAGCCUCAGACCAGGUCACCUGACUGCACCCAUGACAACCCUCUGGAAACCCGUAACAUCGCCUUCUUCUCCACCAACUGCGUUGAGGGUACCGCUCGUGGGAUUGUGGUGUGCACCGGUGACCGCACCGUCAUGGGCCGCAUCGCUACUCUGACCUCCGGCCUAGAGACCGGAAAGACGCCCAUCGCCAAGGAGAUCGAGCACUUCAUCCAAAUCAUCACCGGCGUGGCCGUCUUCCUGGGCGUCAGCUUCUUCAUCCUGUCAAUCAUCCUGGGCUACUCCUGGCUGGAGGCCGUCAUCUUCCUCAUCGGCAUCAUCGUCGCCAACGUGCCCGAGGGACUGCUGGCCACCGUCACUGUGUGUCUGACGCUCACGGCCAAGCGCAUGGCUCGUAAGAACUGCCUGGUGAAGAAUCUGGAGGCUGUGGAGACUCUGGGAUCCACAUCCACCAUCUGCUCUGAUAAAACCGGCACCCUGACGCAGAACCGCAUGACUGUCGCUCACAUGUGGUUCGACAAUCAGAUCCAUGAGGCCGACACCACGGAAGAUCAGUCGGGUGCGUCCUUUGACAAGAGCUCUGGGACGUGGUUGUCUCUGGCCCGUGUGGCGUCGCUCUGUAACAGAGCCGUGUUUAAGGCGGGACAGGACUCUCUGCCCAUCCUGAAGCGUGAUGUUGCGGGGGACGCCUCUGAAUCGGCUCUUCUCAAGUGCAUCGAGCUCUCCUGUGGCUCCGUCAAAGUCAUGAGGGACAAGAACAAGAAAGUGGCUGAAAUUCCCUUCAACUCCACCAACAAAUACCAGCUCUCAGUGCACGAGACGGAUGAGAAUACCGACAGCCACUACCUGCUGGUGAUGAAGGGGGCGCCAGAGCGCAUCCUGGACCGCUGCUCCACCAUCAUGGUGCAGGGCAGAGAGCAGCCCAUGGACGAGGAAUUAAAGGAGGCCUUCCAGAACGCCUACCUGGAGCUCGGAGGACUGGGAGAAAGAGUGCUGGGUUUCUGCCACUUGUUCAUGCCUGAGGACAAGUACCCCAAAGGAUUCGCCUUCGACACAGACGACAUUAACUUCCAGACAGACAACCUGUGCUUUGUGGGCCUGAUGUCCAUGAUUGACCCGCCCCGAGCCGCCGUCCCAGACGCCGUGGGCAAAUGUCGCUCCGCUGGAAUCAAAGUCAUCAUGGUGACCGGUGACCAUCCCAUCACGGCCAAGGCCAUCGCUAAAGGUGUGGGGAUCAUCUCUGAGGGUAACGAGACCGUGGAGGACAUCGCCGCUCGCCUUAAUAUUCCUGUCAGCCAGGUCAACCCCAGGGAUGCUAAAGCCUGUGUGAUCCACGGCUCAGAUCUGAAGGAUCUCUCGCAGGACCAGAUGGAUGAAGUGCUGAAGAAUCACACCGAGAUUGUGUUCGCCAGGACCUCUCCCCAACAGAAGCUCAUCAUCGUGGAGGGCUGCCAGAGACAGGGUGCCAUUGUGGCAGUGACUGGUGAUGGAGUGAACGACUCGCCCGCUCUGAAGAAGGCAGACAUCGGUGUUGCUAUGGGGAUCUCUGGCUCAGACGUCUCCAAGCAGGCUGCAGACAUGAUCCUGCUGGACGACAACUUUGCAUCCAUCGUUACUGGAGUUGAGGAAGGUCGUCUGAUCUUUGAUAACCUGAAGAAGUCCAUCGCUUACACACUGACCAGCAACAUCCCUGAGAUCACUCCCUUCCUGUUCUUCAUCUUAGUCAACAUUCCUCUCCCUCUGGGAACCAUCACCAUCCUCUGCAUUGACCUGGGCACUGACAUGGUCCCUGCAAUCUCAUUGGCUUAUGAAGCAGCAGAGAGUGACAUCAUGAAGCGGCAGCCUCGUAACCCCCACAGGGACAAGCUGGUGAACGAGCGUCUCAUCAGCAUCGCCUAUGGACAGAUCGGUAUGAUUCAGGCCCUGGGAGGAUUUUUCAGUUAUUUCGUGAUUCUGGCUGAGAACGGCUGGCUUCCCAGUCUGCUGGUGGGCAUCCGGCUGAACUGGGACGAUCGCUCUAACAAUGACCUGGAGGACAGUUACGGACAGCAAUGGACGUAUGAGCAGAGGAAGAUUGUGGAGUUCACCUGUCACACGGCUUUCUUCGUCAGUAUCGUGGUGGUGCAGUGGGCCGACGUCAUCAUCUGCAAGACUCGCCGCAACUCUGUGUUCCAGCAGGGCAUGAAGAAUAAAAUCCUGAUCUUCGGCCUGUUUGAGGAGACGGCUCUCGCUGCCUUCCUGUCUUACUGUCCCGGCAUGGAUGUGGCCCUCAGGAUGUAUCCUCUCAAGCCCAGUUGGUGGUUCUGUGCGUUCCCUUACAGCUUCUUAAUUUUUGUUUACGAUGAGAUCCGAAAACUUAUCCUGCGCCGAAACCCAGGAGGUUGGGUUGAAAAGGAGACAUACUACUGAAUUGUCAAAUACUUCUCUCAUCG